AACCCUUUUAAGCUCUGUUUUCCUCUGUCUCUCACAAAACACAAUGGAAUACAAAGUGAAAACCACAACAUCACCUUCUCCACCAAUCCCAAUCUAUGUUCCCACCAUGCUUUCAAACUCUCCUCCAUCUUCAUCUUCUUCACCUCCUCUUUCACUUUCUCCCGCACCUUUCCCUUCACCCUCUCAGUCCUCUCCCUCUACUGCUGCUGCUCCUCCUCCACCACCACCAGUGGUGGUUAGCCCUUGUGCUGCCUGCAAGAUCCUCCGCCGCAGGUGUGUGGAGAAGUGUGUCCUUGCUCCCUAUUUUCCUCCCACUGAUCCAAUCAAGUUCACGAUUGCUCAUAGAGUCUUUGGAGCUAGUAACAUCAUCAAGUUCUUGCAGGAACUACCAGAAUCUCAGAGAGCAGAUGCUGUGGGAAGCAUGGUUUAUGAAGCAAAUGCUAGGAUCAGAGACCCAGUGUAUGGUUGUGCAGGUGCAAUAUUUCAACUUCAAAAGCAAGUUAAUGAGCUACAAGCACAGCUAGCCAAAGCACAAGCUGAGGUAGUCAACAUGCAGUGCCAACAAGCUAAUUUAGUGGCUCUAAUUUGCAUGGAAAUGAGUCAAUCACAGGACCAGCACAUGCUUCAACUUCAACCUCAACCUCAUGUUGAUAUGAGCUGCUGCUUAGAGGACAACACUAUUGGCUCUGCUUGGGAGCCUCUUUGGACAUGAAAAUUGAAUGAAUGAAGUAUCUUAGAUAUUAUCUAUUAGAGAAACAUUAAUUUGUGCUAUAGUAACUGUUAAACUUUCA